CUACGUCAAUCAUGUCCUCUUCUGAAGCUCCAAUCCUCCCCUGGCAACCCCUUCCCCCGUCCCGCACAAACAGCACCAACACCCUCCACAUCCUCCAAGCCGGCUCCCUCACCAUCCCCCAUCACCUCCUCUACCUAUCCCCCAACCCCCCGAACUCCAAAAUCCUCGUCCCCGUCUACACCUUCCUCCUCACACACCCGCCGUCCAACGCCACCUACCUCAUCGACCUCGGCAUGCGCCCCGACCUCUCCCAAACCACACCCUUCUUCCAGAAAAACGUGCUCAAGAACUUCGACUGCUAUCCCAAAAGCCCAGUGGACGUGCUACGGCACCACGGCUCUCCCACCCAGCAGCCCGAGUUCUUCGUAAAAGCAGUCCUCUUCACACACCUCCACUUCGACCACUUCGGCGACGGCGCGCAAUCCGGCGGCUUAGAGCGCGCGGAACUCUGGGUGGGUCCGGGGAGCGUGGCGAAGGCGCGGCCGGGGUAUCCUGAAGCCCCGGAGGCGGCGAUGUGGGCGAGUGAUCUGUCUAGUGAUGGGACGCGGAAGGUUGUUGAGUUUUCAAUUCCCGGGGAAGGGGAGGAUGGGGAAAGGGGGCGCGUCGUGAAGGAAGCGGUGGAAAAUGGGCUGUAUGAGGGGGUGGAGCGACGGAUCCCUGAGUUGGGAUGGAAGCCUCUAGGAGCGUUUGACCGUGCAUGCGACCUUUUUGGUGACGGGAGCGCUUAUCUGGUUGAUGCGCCGGGGCAUAUGCUGGGCCAUGUUAUGGUGCUGGUACGCGUGAAGAUCGAAGGCGGAGAAGGGAAAGGGAAAGGGAAAGGGAAAGGGAAAGGGAAAGAGGAGGAUGACUGGGUACUAUUAGGUGGUGACUGCUUCCACCACGCCAACUUGCUCAGGGAGCCGUUGAGAACGGCGAGGCCACCGGGUAGCAAGAGCGGGAUGCAUGGUGAUGGAGAAUUAGCUGUGCAGACCAUGUGGAGGACGAAGGCGAUGGCGGAGAGGGCAAAUGUUUGGGUUAUUGGGGCGCAUGACGGGGAGGUUGGGGAGGUGCUGAACAAAGGGGUAUCGGAGAUUGAGGGGCUGGUGGAGCUGGGGGAUUGGAGGAAGAAGGGAUGGAAGAGGAAUGUAGGUUAA